UUUUGCGUUAAAGAUAAGAAAAUAAAUAAAAAAACAAAAAAAAAUGGUUGAUUGAUACAAAGAUAUUUUAAGAACUUCUUCGUCAACUGGAGAAUCCGAUUAACCAAAAAUGCCGAUCUCCGGCGCUGAUGAUGAAGCUGGAACUCCAUUUCUCAAUGUUACCGUCAACGGAUCCGUUGACUACAGAAGUAAACCCGCCGUCAGAUCUGCCUCCGGUGGCUGGAGAUCCGCCGGAUUUAUCAUCGGUGUGGAGGUUGCUGAGCGUUUCGCUUACUACGGGAUAUCGUCGAAUUUGAUAACGUAUCUGACUGGGCCACUUGGGCAAUCGACGGCGGCUGCUGCGGCUAACGUGAAUGCUUGGUCUGGAACGGCGUCACUGCUUCCUCUCCUUGGUGCUUUUGUCGCUGACUCGUUUCUAGGCCGUUUCCGUACAAUCCUCGCCGCCUCUGCUCUCUAUAUACUGGGGCUUGGUUUACUGACUUUAUCUGCAAUGAUACCUUCAGACUGCAAUGUUUCUAAUCUACUCGCUUCUUGCUCUCGUCGAUUUCAAGUGAUCACAUUCUUUAGUGCCCUGUAUCUAGUGGCGCUAGCCCAAGGCGGUCACAAGCCAUGUGUUCAGGCUUUUGGAGCGGAUCAGUUUGAUGAAAAGGAUCCUGAAGAGUGCAAAGAAAAGGCUUCUUUCUUUAAUUGGUGGUAUUUUGGCAUGUGCUUUGGGACGUUAGUAACACUAUGGGUCUUGAAUUACGUUCAGGACAAUCUCAGUUGGGCCUUAGGCUUUGGUAUUCCAUGCAUUGCUAUGGUAGUUGCUUUGAUUAUUUUAUUGCUCGGAACCAGCACUUAUCGGUUCAGCAUUCGAAGGGAAGAUCAAAGCCCUUUUGCACGGAUUUGGAAUGUUUAUGUAGCCGCUGUGAAGAACUGGGGUGUAUCAGCUUCAGCUGUAGCUGAUGCAGAGGAGAGAAUUGGUCUUGUGUCUGACAAAAGCUCACAACAAUUUAGUUUUCUCAACAAAGCUCUGGUCGCAAAUAAUGGUUCUUGUAGUAUAGAUGAACUUGAAGAAGCAAAAUCAGUGCUUAGGUUAGCUCCGAUAUGGUUUACUUGCUUGGUUUAUGCUGUUGUGUUUGCGCAGUCUCCAACUUUUUUCACCAAACAAGGAGCCACAAUGGAGAGAUCAAUCACACCGAGUUACAAGAUUUCUCCAGCUACCCUCCAGUCCUUCAUCAGCCUCUCAAUAGUCAUCUUCAUCCCCAUCUACGAUCGCGUACUCAUCCCAGUUGCAAGAUCAAUUACGCAUAAACCAGGUGGAAUCACUAUGCUUCAGAGAAUAGGCACUGGCUUAUUCCUCUCUUUCCUUGCUAUGGUAAUAGCCGCUCUAGUGGAGAUGAAAAGGCUUAAAACUGCUGCGGAUUAUGGGCUCAUUGACUCCCCAGACGCUACUGUUCCAAUGCGAGUGUGGUGGCUAGUUCCUCAGUAUGUUCUCUUUGGUAUCUCAGAUGUUUUUGCUAUUGUGGGUCUUCAAGAGUUCUUCUACGACCAAGUCCCUACCGAGCUGAGGAGUGUGGGUUUGGCUCUAUACUUGAGCAUAUUUGGUAUUGGUAGCUUUCUCAGCAGUUUCUUGAUAUCAAUUAUUGAGAAAGUGACGAGCCAAUCUGGUCAAGUGAGUUGGUUUGCAAACAACCUGAACCAGGCUCAUCUGGAUUACUUUUACUGGCUACUCGCUUGUCUCAGCUUCAUUGGCUUAGCCUCCUACAUGUAUUUUGCAAAGUCCUACGUAUCUAAGAGACUCAACACCCUUUAAAAUGAAGUGUAUUGGUACUCUUUCCUUCUCUCUCUCUCUGUAAUUUUUAAAUAUACUUUCUGCAUACCAAUAAAUACUUAUCAUAUCACUAGCUGAUGAGCAGAUUAGUCAAUAUAGGUUGCUUAGGGAUCCUUAUGAUUCAAUAGAUAUUGAUUUACUCGUAUAGCUUGUAUUACGCGUAUGCAAAUGUAUAGUUUUAUUUGAUAAUGUAUGGUACAGUCUUAUCUUU